AUGGAAAAAGAAACCAAUGGAGGCAACAUGAAGCCAAUAGGGGAAUCAGAAGGUAGGCAAAGAUCUCUUACCUCUAACGAUGCUGCUGCAGAGCGACAAUGGUGCUUCGAACGACCUCUGAUGCUGGCAGGGGUGGACUUGGUGGCAGAGUUGGUGGGAGUGACAUUGGGUCCAAAGGGUAGGAAUGUGGUGUUGCAAAACAAGUAUGGACCUACAAACAUUGUCAAUGAUGGUGAAACUAUUCUCAAAGAGAUAGAGCCGGAAGACCCUUUGGAAAAUGUUGGAGUGAAAUUAGUAAGACAGGCUGGAGCUAAGACAAAUGAUAUUGCUGGUGAUGGUUCGACAACGUCAAUAGUGCUCGCUCAAGGCCUAAUCUUUGAAGGUGUGAAGGUUAUUGCAGCAGGCAUGAAUCCCAUUCAGCUAUCCCAAGGAAUCGAGAAAACUGCAAAGGCCCUUGUUUCUGAGCUCAAACAGAUGUCCAGAGAGGUUGAGGACCACGAGCUUGCAGAUGUUGCUGCUGUAAGCGCAGGGAACGAUUAUGCAGUAGGAAACAUGAUUUCUGAUGCUCUUCGACAAGUGGGAAUGAAGGGAGUAGUAACAAUUGAGAAAGGGAAUUAUGCAGAGAAUGCUUUACAGAUUGUAGACGGAAUGCAAUUUGAUCGUGGAUACUUGUCCCCUUAUUUUGUUACUGAUAGACGGAAGAUGAUAGUGGAGUUCCACAAUUGCCAGUUACUUCUGGUCGAUAGAAAAAUCACAAACCCAAAGGUAGUUGAUGACAUCGCUAUCUUGACUGGAGGAACUGUAAUUAGGGAUGACAUGGGUUUGACCCCAGAGAAGGCUGGAAAGGAGGUAUUGGGUACUGCUACCAAGGUGGUGAUAACUAAGGAUUCUACAUUGAUAGUAACUGAUGGGAACACUCAAGCGGCUGUUAAGAAGAGAGCCUUUCAGAUCCAAAAGCUUGUUGAGGAGCAUAGAAUAUUUUCUGAAAUGUUAUCCAUGCAAUGUGCAGGCCCAAGCCAUGUCUUCCUAAAAGGGAGGAAACUCUGGCUUAUUUUCAUCGGGGAUGUGACCAAACUGAUGAAAGAGGCUGCUGAAACUGCUGCUAAGUAUGAAAAUAGAUUAGAAGAUUAG